CGCUCCGCGCUCAGAGAGCCCCAGCGGCGCGGCGGACGCGGGUGCGGCUGGCCUCCGGCUUUCCGAGGUCCCCGCGGCCCAAGCGCUGAGCCCCGAAGACUCCCGCGCUCCGCGGGCUCCUGCGGCCCGAGGCCCCCGGUUUUCCCAGGCCGCCCGCCGCCGGAGGUCUCCGGCUCUCUGAGGUCUCCCGCGCUCCGAGGUCUCCCCAGCUCCGUGUCCGGCGCCCCUGGGGCUCCCGCGGCCCGGGGUCAGGCCCCACCAUGCGGCUGAGAAGUCCCUGGCUGCUCUUGCUGUUGGUCGUCGGCCUGCGAGCCGAUAUUCAAGGGAAAGAAGUUAGAGCCAUGGUGGGCAGUGACGUCGAGCUCAGCUGCAUUUACCCCAAAAAGAACAGUUUUGACUUAAAUGACCUUCAUGUGUAUUGGCAAAUCAACGUCACUGAACAACCGCAUACGGGCAAGCCACACACCGCCAGUCUGAAUAAUACCACUGUGGUGACGUACUACCUUGCCCACAAUGGCUCCGCAGGCCAUAAGGACAGCCACUACAAGGACCGGGCCCACCUGUCCCUGGACCGCAUGAAGAGGGGAGACUUCUCUCUGCAUCUGUACAACAUCACCCCCCAGGAUGAACAGAAAUUUAACUGCCUGGUGUUUAGGGAGUUAGAAAUGAUUCUGAAAGUCGUGGUCACCCUGCACGUGGCAGCAAACUACAGCAUGCCCGUGGUCAGCGCCCUGAGCAGCCCUGAGCAGGGCGAGGAGCUCGCCUUCACGUGCACAUCCACAAACGGCUACCCAAAACCAAACGUGUACUGGAUCAACAAGACGGACAACAGCCUGCUGGACACAGCCCUGCAGAACAGCACCAUCUCCCUGAAUGAGCGGGGCCUGUAUGACGUGGUCAGCGUCCUGAGGAUCAGGCGGAUCCCCAACAUGAACGUCGGCUGCUGCAUAGAGAACGUGCUUUUGCACCAAAACCUGACUGUCAGCAGCCAGACAGAGACAGUCUCUGGAACCAAGGACAGCAUGACGGAGAGCCAGGCCAACACCCAUGAGAAGAACAAGGCCGUGCUCAGCAUCCUUGCCCUGCUGAGUGUGGCCGUGGUCGUGGCCGUGGCCGUGGGCUGGGUGUACAGAAGCAGGUGUCCCCACAGCAGCCACACAGACAGCAUCUCUGGAGAGCAGGGGCACCUGGGAUCCCCUCAUGGUGCCUGCCCGGAGCCCUCGAGGCCACUGGGACCUUCCGAGCCGCCCUCCCCAGCCCUCGCUGCUGGCCCUGAGCAUUUCUGGUUUGUCCCAGCAGGUGCCAGGUGGCCAGGCCGGAACAGGAACUCCCUGGUGAGUUUGCCAGGAGGGAAGGAGACCAUGUUGGAUGAGAACUCACUGCCCAGCACAUGGACAGGGCUUCUGUGAAUGACCAGGAGCAACGUUGGACAGCAGCUCAGGAACUGACCCAGGCUGGCCUGGUGGUAGGGAGAGAGACCAUCUGCCCCCACCUGCACCAUUAACAAGGGGGCUUCAUGGAUGCAGAGUCCCUCUGGCCUAGAGGGCCACACGCAGGCUUCUCUGGCAGGAUGAGCCAGCCAGGUGCUUUGCCGUCCCAGGGUGAGACCUUUUCCAAAGGUCAGCAGCCCUGGAGACAUGCGCCAAGCAGGUGGGCUCCCCACCUUUGCUGCCAAGUGCAGAAGAUGGGGUGUCAAGCUCAGAGUGAGGAUGCCCACUCUCCUCCUGGACAUCUGCUGGGUGGAGGUCACUCAAGGGUAUUUUCGGGAGAUGUGGGUGCAGGGCUUACUGCAACUCUGCCAUACAGGCUACUGCCUCCACCCCACGUGUGUGUGUGUGUCCUAAAUGCAGGCAACAGCACUGUGGAACUCCUGAAAGGCCCCUGGUCAUCUUCCACUGGGACAUUCACUGGGAAGAAAGUCUGCCCUCGUUUGUUUCGGUCAAAAGCUAGGCUUCCCUCCUGAAAAGCACAGAUGACCUCUGCAAGAAGAAAGCCUGCCAGGCGCCCAUGCAGCAGGACACGGUGGCUUCUGGGACUUGGGGCUCUGUGGCCAGAGGCACGCGCUGGGAAGAGCAGAAGCUGGGCUCGCUGGGGGUGAGGAUGGUGUCCAGCGGACACCAACUUGGCCACGUGAUCACUGGAGGUCUUCAGCACGGGCCGUUAAGUGGUGGAGACGUGUCCUCCCGGGGUGAGGCAGCCUCCAGAACGCAGCAGGAAUCCCCUCAGUGUAGGGUGGGCAGCUCCUUGCCGCCCUCUGCCAGGGCCACAGCCUCCUGCUUGGCUCCCCCCAGAAGCUGCACACCGCAAGACCUCCGAUGCAGACGACAGGCUCCUCGGGGCCACCAACCCUACCAGGGGACAGGCAGCCUGUGGCCCUGUCCUCCCCUGAUGGUUUCCAUGUUGCUGCCCUCAAUGAAUCCAGCAGUGUAAGUUCCCAGAAGGUUCUGCAAGGAGGCUGCCAGGUAACCCAGGUGUUCACGCCCCAGGAAAAUGGGGCCAUUCAGCAAUGGUGGGCUGGCGUGUGCGGACAAAGGGGACCAGGCUCAGACAUGAAGCUGAGCCCCACGCUUGCUACGAGAGAUCAUUCCUUUGUCGGUUGUUAUGCCAAAAGUCCUCACAUGGCUUGUAAUGGGCAUGGCCCUCACCUGCCCUGACGUCACCUGAACGCCUUAGAGGGCAGGCUGCCAGAAGAGCCACCCACAAAGGCCGCUAGUGGGCAUGCAGAGCGAAAAGCUCAGGGGCCGUCCGGGUGCAGGAAGGCGGGCUGCCAUGCCGGGAAGUGACCCAGGACUGUGGCGCAUCCUGUGGGCCCUCCCUGAGCCCUGCUGAGGGCCCCACCCCGCCCUGCAGGCUGCCCACUGCUUGGCUGACCGAGCUGACCCCGAGAUGCUCGGCCUGGGUUCUCACCCAGGCCCUGGCUGCUUUAUCUGUCAGAGCCAGUUUCCUCCCUGGAGGAGGCAGCAUGGCCAGGCGCCCAGUUCUGCCCAUCAUGCCCGGUGUGGAGGCUGGCCUGACGCCCCCUCCCACCAUGUGUUUGUGGUUCUGCCUGGCCCAGGGGGCUGUGCUGUCCACACUGGGUGCCCUGAGUGCCCACCUCCUGGGCGGUCCCCAUCGCUGCUCUCUUGGGCCUCAGGGAGACCCAUUGGUGCCCUUUGCCCUUUCAGCCUCAAUGGCUCCUGCUCCUGGCUGUGUUGUAGACGGCCGACUGCCAGUGUUUAGGCAUCUGUGUCCAGAAACCUGAUUUAAGACAAUACAAUCUGUAAGCUGUGCCGGCCUG